AUGUGUGGAAUCUUUGGCUACAUCAACUACCUCGUGGAGAAGGACCGCAAGUUCAUCAUUGAUACCCUGCUUAAUGGUCUCUCCCGAUUGGAGUACCGCGGCUAUGACUCCGCUGGUAUGGCCGUAGACGGCAACAAGAAGAAUGAAGUCUGUGCCUUCAAGGAAGUUGGCAAGGUUGCCAAGUUGAAGGAACUCAUCGAGCAGAGCGAAUACGACAUGACUAAGACCUUCGAGUCUCAUGCUGGUAUCUCUCACACCCGUUGGGCCACUCACGGAACCCCGUCUCGUCAGAACUGCCACCCCCACCGGUCUGAUCCUACCUGGGAGUUCUCUGUCGUCCACAACGGUAUCAUCACUAACUAUAAAGAAUUGAAGGCUCUGCUUGAGAGCAAGGGAUUCCGCUUCGAGACCGAGACCGAUACCGAGUGCAUUGCCAAGCUUGCCAAAUACCUCUAUGACCAACACCCCGACAUUGAAUUCACAGUUUUGGCCAAGGCGGUCAUCAAGGAACUUGAAGGCGCCUUCGGUUUGCUGCUCAAGUCGGUGCACUACCCCCACGAGGUCAUUGCGGCCCGCAAGGGUUCACCCUUGGUGAUCGGUGUGAAGACAUCCAAGAAGAUGAAGGUGGAUUUCGUUGAUGUUGAGUUUUCGGAAGAUGGUGCCCUUUCCGCGGAGCAGGCCUCCCAGAAUGUGGCUGCUAAGAAGUCCGCCACGAGCCUCCUUGCCCCUCCCGACAAGUCACUCCUGCACCGCUCCCAGUCCCGAGCUUUCUUGUCGGACGAUGGCAUUCCCCAACCCGCAGAAUUCUUCUUGUCCUCUGACCCCUCUGCCAUUGUGGAGCACACCAAGAAGGUGCUCUACCUCGAAGAUGAUGACAUUGCCCACAUCCACGAGGGUCAGCUCAACAUUCACCGUUUGACCAAGGACGAUGGCACCUCCAACGUGCGUGCUAUCCAGACUAUUGAGCUUGAGCUCCAGGAGAUCAUGAAGGGCAAGUUUGACCACUUCAUGCAAAAGGAGAUUUUCGAGCAGCCCGAGUCCGUUGUCAACACCAUGAGAGGUCGUCUGGAUGUGGCCAACAAGAAGGUCACUUUGGGUGGUCUCCGCCAAUACAUCUCCACCAUCCGUCGCUGCCGCCGCAUCAUCUUUAUCGCCUGCGGUACCAGUUACCACUCGUGCAUGGCUGUGCGUGGUAUCUUCGAGGAGCUUACCGAGAUCCCUAUCGCAGUCGAACUUGCCUCCGAUUUCCUCGAUCGUCAGGCCCCAGUCUUCCGUGACGAUACUUGUGUGUUUGUCUCCCAAUCAGGAGAGACUGCCGACUCGCUGAUGGCUCUUCGCUACUGUCUGGAGCGUGGCGCUCUGACUGUUGGUGUUGUCAACGUUGUCGGUUCUUCCAUUUCCCUCCUUACCCACUGCGGUGUGCACAUUAACGCUGGUCCUGAAAUUGGUGUGGCCUCUACCAAGGCCUACACCUCUCAAUUUGUGGCCAUGGUCAUGUUCGCUUUGUCAUUGAGUGAAGACCGUGCCUCCAAGCAAAAGAGACGCGAGGAAAUCAUGGAGGGCCUCGGAAAGAUUUCUGAACAGUUCAAGGAGAUCUUGAAGUUGAACGAUGCCAUCAAGGACAUGUGCGCCAACCAAUUCAAGAACCAGAAGAGUUUGCUCCUGCUGGGCCGGGGUGCUCAGUUCCCUACCGCCCUUGAAGGUGCCCUCAAAAUCAAGGAGAUCUCAUACCUCCACUGUGAGGCCGUCAUGUCGGGUGAAUUGAAGCACGGUGUGUUGGCACUUGUGGAUGAGAACCUCCCUAUCAUUAUGAUUCUCACUCGCGACAACCUCUUCACCAAGUCUUUGAACGCCUACCAGCAGGUCAUUGCUCGUGGUGGUCGUCCCAUCGUGAUUUGCAACCACGACGACCCUGAGUUCUCGGCUGCGCAGACCGAGAAGAUUGACGUGCCCAAGACUGUGGACUGUCUCCAGGGCCUGCUGAAUGUCAUCCCAUUGCAGCUCAUCUCCUACUGGCUUGCUGUUGGCGAGGGUCUGAAUGUCGAUUUCCCUCGCAACCUGGCCAAGUCGGUCACAGUCGAGUAA